AGCGAGAAGCUCACAUGUACGUGGCUUGCGCAUGCUGCGAUAUACCCUUCCCUGUUGCUUGCUGCUUGCGUCUCAAAUCUGGCGUCACUGGUUACAACCAGUUACACCUCUUUGAUCACUAUUGGAUCACUAUGUUUACAUCGAAUAGAAGUAAUCUACUUUUUAAACACGUGUAACUCGGAUAUUUUUCGUGUGUAUAUUGAUAGACAUAGUUAAAAAUGGCAAAUAAAACAUUUAACUUAAGUAGAAUGUCAAAAAUAUUUCAACCUAUGACAACCGGAUUACUCGAUACUGGAGAAAGUAAAAUAUCUAAAAGUUAUAAGCUAAUGAUCAGUUAUGGAAUUAUUAAACCUGUUAGCACUGGUAUGUAUGCACUGUUGCCUUUGGGAAUGCGAAUUUUGAAUAAAUUGAUAAAUUUGGUGGAUAAAGAAAUGGCAAAUCUUGGCGCAGAAAAAGUACUGCUUCCAACAUUAACUUCUGCCAAUCUUUGGAAGAAAUCUAAUAGAUACAAUUCUAGCAAACCUGAAUUAUUUACAGUUAAAGAUAGGCAUGAGAAAGAAUACAUAUUAAGUCCAACAUAUGAAGAAGCUAUCUGUGACUUAAUAUCAUCAACAGGACAUAUUCAUACCAAAUCAUUACCCUUGAGGUUAUAUCAAAUUUCUAGCAAAUGGCGAGACGAAAUGAAGCCACGGCUUGGUCUUCUACGCAGCAGAGAAUUUAUCAUGAAGGACUUGUAUACAUUUGAUGCUACUUUGGAUGACGCACGACAUACAUAUGACUUAGUCUGUGAAUCUUACAAUAAUAUUUUUAAGCAGAUCGGUAUAAAAUACGCAAGAGUCAUAGGUGAUGUGGGAACAAUUGGAGGCUUAAUGUCACAUGAAUAUCAUUACAUAUCUGAUAUUGGUGAAGAUAUUAUAUUUCAGUGCCCAUCGUGUCAUUUUUCCAUUAAUCAAACUGUUUCCGAGACAACAAGUUGCCCAGAGUGUAAAAGCGAACUACAUCAAAAUUCUUCUGCUGAGGUAGGACAUACAUUUUUAUUAAAUACAAAAUAUUCGGAGCCAUUAAAAACAAUGUAUAAGGAACAAAAUGAAUUGAAACCUGUAGUGAUGGGUUGUUUUGGUCUCGGAUUGAGUCGUAUCCUUGCAUUAUCUGUUGAAACCUUAUCAACAAAUAAUGAAAUAAGGUGGCCUGUGAAAUUAGCACCAUAUACAGCAUGUAUCAUACCACCAAAGGAUGGAAGUAAAGAAGAAAGUACAUCUGUCUACGUUGAACAAUUGUAUGAUGUUCUUUGCAAACACGAUAUCGAUGUAAUAUUGGACGACCGUACACAUUUUACAAUUGGUAAACGAUUUAUGUUUGCGCGUGCAUUAGGCUAUCCUUACAUAAUUGUUAUUGGCAAAGCAGCAACCAAAUCGGUACCUUUAUUCGAAGUCCAUGAUUUGAACAAUUCGAUACAUCAUGAGUUAUCGUUCGAACAGAUAAGUAAUUAUUUCGAAAAUAUAAAUUUUAAAAAUUAGGUAAAGAUAUGUAUAGUAUGUAUGUAGAAAUAUUAAUAUACAUCGUAUAUUGUAUAUACAUUUUGUAUAAAUUUACAAUAAAUAUGACUAUACAG